CUCGCGUCUCUCCCGGUAAGUUCUGAAUGUAAACCGUUAUACAAGUAUAAUGUGCUUAUAACCAGGAAUUCAAGAUUAUUUACAGGUGGACAUGAAGGUGUCAGCGGUAGGGGGGUCCGAAGUUCUGAGGGCCAAGCCCCCCCAACUGGUUGCCCGACGCAACGCCCGAGAGAGGAGGCGAGUCCAAGCCGUCAACUCAGCGUUCGCUCGACUGCGGCGAGUGGUACCUCUAGAGCACUCCAGGGGCAAGCGCGUCAGCAAGGUAAAAACUCUGCAGCGAGCCAUAGAGUACAUCAGCAGUCUGCUGAGUCUACUGCGUCAUCCUCAGCACCAUCCUUGGGAAUACAGAGUGUUUGUUCCAGUUGCUGACGCCUUACAGUACAAUUUCCAGUAAACUUGAAACCCAUGACGUUUUGGUAUAACUCCUACUUACGAUUCUCUCUCAAUAUAUAU